AUGAGGCGGAGGCGACGUGUUUCUGGGGGUUGUGUAAAGAUAAUUAAUAAGAUCCAAAACCUACCUUUCCCUCAGAAUAAGAUCCUGAGGGUCCGCUGCACAAAGAACUAUGGCGAUGGCAGGACAGUGUACAGUGAUAAGGCCUACUUCAUCCCAGUUCUUGAUCAGCCAUUGUCUUCCAAUCGAUACUAUGUUAUACCGGCAGGUUGGAAGUACAAGGGCAAGCAUUCAACAAGCGUUGUAGUAGGAAAGUGGUACAUCCCUUUCAUGUUCAUUAAGGAAGAAGGUACUAGCUCAAAAGAUCAAAUGAAAAAUUCCAUGUUUUAUGAGAUCUAUCUGGAACAGAUGUGGGAUGAGAUCCACAUGGAGACCACGACAGUCUCUGGUAAGGAAGCCGCCACACGUGUGGCUGAUGGGUUGAAGUGGGUAAGUGGUCCACCUAAUAGCACGGGUGUGGGAUUGAGUAUGGCAGUCGUAGAUAAAAUGAAAUGGGAAGCUUGCAGAGGGGGUUGGAUUGAGGGGAAAGAGAAAGAUGUGAGGGUGGGGAGGAUGGAGGAGUUUGAAGGAGUGAAUGGAUGGAGGAAGUUUGGUUGUUAUAUGUUGGUGGAGAGGUUUGUUUUGAGAAGGAUGGAUGGGAGUUUGGUUCUAACUUAUGAUUUUAAUCAAACUCAUCUGAUUCAAUCUAAGUGGGAGUAGUUUGGUUUCUGUAUGUU